UGAUUCACAAAUUCAAUACUCCCUUUCUUCUUUAUCUUACCUUUUUCUGAUAAUUAGUUUCUUCUCCUCCUCCUCUGCUCUGGCCAUGGCAGACAGAGUCUAUCCCAACGCCGCCGGUAAAGCCAAUGCCAAUGCAAAUUCCAAUGAUAACAUUAACCCCACGGCGACGGCCAACGCCCCGCCCUUUCCUUCCACCAAAUCCCAACUCUACGGCGCCUCCCGCCCCCCUUACCGCCCUCAACCCCACAAUCGCCGCCGUUCCCGCUGUUGCUCCAUCUGCAUAUGGCUAACGGCGAUCAUUGCCACUGUUAUCGUUCUCCUCGCCGUCGCCUCCACCAUCGUGUAUCUAGUUUAUCGUCCUCAUCGUCCGUCAUUCUCCAUCACUUCUCUCAAAAUCGAUUCCUUCAAAUUCACUCCCUCUUCACAGCUCAAUUCCAAAUUCGACUUAAAUCUUGCCACUACAAACCCCAACAAGAAGGUCAAGUUCAUUUACAGUCCAAUUUCCGUCGCCGUCUUGUCAAACGGCGUCGAUGUCGGCGAUGGAUCGUUCCCUGAAUUCGUGCACGAGAAGAGGAACACCACGGCAAUGAAGGUGACGGUGGAAAGCAGUGGUGGAGAGAUCGAGGGGGAGUCGGUGGAUUCGUUGAAGGCGGCGGUGAAGAGCAAAAGUGGAUUACCGUUGGAGGUUGAGAUGGAGACGAAAGUGAAGGUGAAAAUGGGAUGGUUGAAGAUGCCGAGGGUUGGACUUAGGGUUCAUUGCGAGGGAAUUACGGGGGUCGUUCCGACGAGUAAGAAGAAGACGGCGGGUGUUGCGGCGGUGGAGAAUGCAGAGUGUAAGGUGGAUUUCAGAGUGAAGAUCUGGAAAUGGAUCGUUUGAAUUUUUUGGAAAGAUGAUGUAAGAGAGGGAAUUUGAAGUUUGUUGUUUUUA